AAUGAAAACUAUAUAAAGUAGCCCGUAGAUUCAUUGGAGAACAAUUUGAUCCUCAUCCUCUUUCAGUUACUCUAAUCACAACUCCAUCUUCCCAAACAAGCAAAAACCACAACAAUGACUUGGAGCUCAAUCGAAAUCAUUGACCUCAUCUUUGUACCAAUCUACUUUAUUCUGUUUUUGGCAGCACUUUAUGCAUUCAUCAAGCAUGCACACAACAAACGAGUCACAUUUGGACUUUUAUUCUUGUUCCCUCUAAUUCGAUGUGUGGGUAAUAUUUUACUCGUGGCCGCAAUGCAAGAACAGAAAAAAUCAAAUCCAAAUGUGAAUACCCUGACAGAUCUUUACACGGGUGGAUUCGUUCUUCAAUUGGCAGGCUUUGGAUUGUUAUUCAGUGCAGCAUUAAAUCUUACAAAACGUGCAAGUCUUUAUGUCGCUCCCGUGCAGAAUGGAGGUGGAAGAGGUGGUUUGAUCGACAAGAUUAAAACACCCGCAGGCUUUUUGCAUCUCGUCAACACAGUUUCAAACAUCUUAUUGAUCGUAGGUUUGACAAAUUCAACUUCUUCUUUUAGUCCAACAUCAGCAAACAAAGCAAGCAUUGACGUUUUGGCAAAAGUGGGAAUCAUUAUGUUACUCGUUGCAACAGUUUUACUUACCGUUUUAACAAUUUAUCAUUUAUUCAUCAAAGGUCCUCUCACACCUUCUGCAAGAACGAUUUUGACAUUUGUAGCCAUUGCAUGUGUUCCAAUGAUCGCAAGAAUGGCCUGGUCAACUUAUCGUGUUGCAGCAAACAACUUGAUCGGUGCAAAUAUCUGGGCUUCUUUGGUCUUGCAAUAUAUUGCAGAAAGUGUUGCCACUGCCAUCUUUGUUGCUUUAUCAUUCGUUUUGGAUGCAAGAGGAGGAGAUGCUGACUUGGAUGAACGCAAAACAUACAACGAUCGAGCUCAAAAUGCAUAUAACUCUACUGCACCUAACACUCAAUUUGCUACUGAGCAAGCUUCUUCGCCAGGUUAUGCAGAAUCAAAGUCCGCAUACACUUAUCCUCCUCAACAAGCCUAUCAAGCAGCCUGAUUACUAUCGAUUGGUUAAUGUAC